CAAUACACAGAUGUGUUUAUAAGAUUGAACAACCACAGAUGAUGGCAAGAGACAGACAGUUAGGGUGAAUGAAAAUAAAACAGACAGAAGUGUGACGUGACUGCGAGGACAAGACUCAGGGACAGAAAGAACAGGAACAAACAAAUUAGGAGAGAAGAAGAAAAGUGGAAAGGGGGAGUGCAGCCACAGCGAGGCAGCCUAACACGGCUCACUAUGUAAAGAGGAUCUGUCGUGGACUGCAAGCCAAGGCUGUAUGAAUGGAAGAGGCAGAGGAUUUCUAGACAGCGGAGGAAGAAGUGUAUGUAUGUGUGUUCGUGCAGGGCAUGGUCGGGCUGCAUGGGCUCUGUCGCUGGCAUCGCUGCUGCUGUCUUGCUCGGCUGCCUCAACCCUUCCCCUGCGCUCUGAACCCAUUCAACAUACACAGAGAUGAGCUCCAAACACUCGUCUGACUGGAUCCCUUACAGCACCUUGGAUGAUGAAGGCACUAACCUGCGGCAACAGAAGCUGGACAGACAGAGAGCUCUACUGGAACAGAAGCAGAAGAAGAAGCGUCAGGAGCCCUUAAUGGUGCAGUCUAAUCUGGAUGGGCGAUCUCGUGUCCGCAGGACCCGGCAGUCAGAGGAGCAGGCUCCCCUCGUAGAGAGCUACCUCAGCGGCAACAGCAGCACCAUCUACCAUGUACAAGAAGCGGAGCAUGAAGACGUUAAAGCUGUAGCAGAAGUUCAGGCCCCUCGCUCGGCUAAAAAAACCAAGCUGCCUACCUCCACUUCUCAGACUGGCAGCGCCAAGAAGGAGAAAAAGGGCAAGCACAGAGGGAUUGAUGGGCCCGCUGCCUUCCAGGAUGAAAGUCAGGAGCUAGGCAACCAGAUUCAGAUCCUGACAGUGGGCCACUCACCUGCCCAGGAGAACGAGGCAGAGGGUCAGGGUGAGGCAGUGGACAGCACACAGUCACAGGGCAAACAGGACCUACGGGUCACCAUGCUGAAAAAAGGAAUCUCGAGUAGCAUGAACUUCGAUGAGGAGGAGGAUGAAGAUGAUUUGGUCAGCUCAAGCUCAUCUCAGCUUAACAGCAACACAAGACCUGGCUCUGCCACUAGCAAAAAGUCCAGCAAGGAGGCGACCUCAGCUUCCACCCCUUUGGCCAACGAGCCGUCCAUCGAUGUGGAUGACCUGGAGGAGUUUACUCUCAGACCUGCCCCCCAAGGGGUGACUGUAAAGUGCAGGAUCACUCGGGAUAAGAAGGGCAUGGACAGGGGCAUGUACCCCACCUACUACCUCCAUAUGGAGAGGGAGGAUGGCAAGAAGGUGUUCCUUUUAGCUGGGAGGAAGAGAAAGAAGAGCAAAACAUCCAAUUACCUUAUCUCCAUCGACCCUACUGACCUGUCUCGAGGUGGCGAGAGCUUCAUUGGCAAACUAAGAUCGAACCUUAUGGGCACCAAGUUUACGGUAUACGACAGUGGUGUGAACCCAGUUAAAACCACCUCCAGUCUAGAAGCCGGCAACCUACGGCAGGAGCUUGCAGCUAUCUGCUAUGAAACUAACGUUUUAGGCUUUAAGGGACCUCGAAAGAUGAGUGUCAUUAUUCCUGGAAUGAACAUGGACCAUGAAAGGGUCUCCAUCAGGCCUCGUAAUGACCAUGAGUCUUUGCUGGCUCGAUGGCAGAACAAAAGCACUGAGAAUGUGAUAGAGCUCCACAACAAGACGCCUGUGUGGAACGAUGACACUCAAUCUUAUGUUCUCAACUUCCAUGGCAGGGUCACCCAAGCAUCCGUCAAAAAUUUUCAGAUCAUUCAUGACAAUGACCCAGACUACAUAGUGAUGCAGUUUGGUCGUGUAGCAGAGGAUGUCUUCACUAUGGACUACAACUACCCCAUGUGUGCCCUGCAGGCAUUUGCUAUUGCUCUGUCCAGCUUUGACAGCAAGCUGGCUUGUGAGUAGCAGCCUCUCUGCCAGCCAUGACCAGAAAAAGACCCAGCCAGUCUGCUUUACAAUCAGAAACACUGAGUAAGUGAUGCGAGGUAAACUCCACAGCAGCAGAGUCCCUCUCUCAACAUCCACCUUUGGAGGCAUGAAUGUGUAUGGCCUUUUUUUUUUUUUUUUAAAGGACAUGGCAGUGGGGCACAAAGCACAAAGACUAAACCACUGUUUCUCCUUUUAUCUGUUUAAAUGGGGGAGAGAACAUCAUAAGGUGAUACAUUCAUUUUUAUCAGCUGUCAAAAUUGAAUCCCCUUUUUCUUUCUUUACUUAACAGACAUUUUUGUGUUUUGCAAGGUAAAACUAACAUUUUGUUCAUGUUAAAUGGAGAAUCAUUUAAAGUCGUAUUUGUGCUCCUUAGAAUACAAGAAAAACGUAAUUUUGCCAUGGUCAUAAUUCUACAUGAAUAAAGCUUAAUGUUCACUAACAUUUUAACUUGAUUUUUCACAAGAAAUGUAACGUGUAGCUGUGAUUUAUAACAGUUUGAAAAAUUGGUUUACUUAAAGAGAUAGUUGACCCAAAAAAGGAAAUU